AGGACGGGAAGUCACCUGCAGAGGGGAAGAGUAGAAAGCUACCUGCGAGCAGUUCUUGCUUUUCUUGGCCGUCCAGGCUGAGGGUCUGCUCAGGAUGAAGGUGCUUCUGGCUCUUCUGCUGGCUGGCCUUGUGUGCGUGGAGCUAGCCCAGUCCUUGCGAUGCUACACCUGCAAAGAACCGACGGAUCUUUCUGCGUGCACCACAGUCAGCAACUGCUCUAAGAACGACACUGCAUGCAAGACAACUUUGCAUUCUGUAGACUCGGGUUACCCCUUUUUCAGGAACAUCACCGUCUCCAAAUCCUGCGCUGAAACGUGCAUGCAUUCCGACCCGGAUGGAAUUGGGGAGUCCCACCCCAUCUCGUGCUGUUACAGCGACCUGUGCAAUGCCGGGGGAGUGCCAGGGCUGAGAGCCAGUGCCGUGGUGAUCACAGCUGCCACUCUCUGGACCCUCCUGAGUGUCAUGCUGUAAUAUAGCAGGGUCUCAGAGAGAAAUCCUCCUGGCCACGCUGCCCAAUGCGUGGCACUGUUAGACGCUUGAGGAAGAUAUUUCUUCAGUUAACUGUGGCCUCUUCAAUCGAUGCCGGGAAUUUAAUGGACCUUUGGAGAUCAAACCCACCCAGCUUUGAAACCCUGGGCAGCGCUCUGCUCCCAGCUGCUAAUCAAGGGGACACGUUUCUUCAGCAUUGACUACAUCCUGCCGCUGCAGCCCUCCAGGGAUGGGGAUGUGGAAGAGACAUAGCCGUUCUGCAUAGCAGGAAGGGUCGGAUGACAGGGACUGUGUGGGGGUGGGCACUGUUCUGUACUGGGGGGAGGUGGAGGAGCAAGACAGAGCCAUGGCAGGCAGGUCAAAGAACUACAGAAACUCACCAGCCAAUCCAUCCAAGUAGGGCCAUGCAGGGCUGGUGUCAGGGGAAAAUGCAGGGUGCCCCCCAAUUCUCACCUAAAGCCUGUUUUCUUGUGCAGGGGAUCCAGCAUUUAACCCCAAUCAUGCCACAUUUGAUUUCUUCUUAGCAGCUCCCAAGCACUGCAGUCCCCCAUCUUUCUGUACGAUAAAUAGCUUAACAUAGUGAUUCCCUGUUCUGAAUGUAUCCGAUAAAGUGAGCUGCAGUUCACGAAAGCUUAUGCGCAAAUAAAUUUGUUAGUCUCUAAGGUGCCACAAGUCCUUCUUUUCUUGU